CCCUGGCGGGGCGCGGUGGUGGUAGGUGUCGCUUAUGGGGAUCCCGAGCUGACGUGGCUUGACUUGGGACGGGGGUGGGGGCAGCUGGAGCCUCCGGCCGCCGCCGCGUCCAGAAAUGUUGAGCCGAUUAUCAGGACUAGCAAAUGUGGUUUUGCAUGAAUUAUCAGGAGAUGACACUGAUCAGAAUAUGACAGCUCCUUUAGACACUGAAUUACCCCAGGAAUCUGACAUGGAACUUAACAGUCAAACGCAAGAGGAUGUUGUGGAGCGCCUGGCUUAUGCAGAGCAGUUGGUGGUGGAGCUCAAAGAGAUCAUUAGGCAGAAGGACGCGCAGCUGCAGCAGAAAGAGGACGCUCUGCAGGAAGAAAGAAAAGCCGCUGAUAACAAGAUAAAGAAACUAAAACUUCAUGCUAAGGCCAAAUUAACAUACCUGAAUAAACACAUAGAAGAAAUGAAGGCUCAAGGAGGGACGGGUCUGCCUGCAGAGCCUCAGUCAGAGGACCAGCUCUCCAAGCAUGAUAAGAGUUCCACUGAGGAAGAGAUGGAAAUAGAGAAGAUAAAACAAAAACUCCAGGAGAAAGAGGAAAUCAUUAGCAGUUUGCAAGCCCAACUUACCCAGGCUAAAGAAGAGCAAGCUGCACAGUUUGAUAAGAAUUCUACAGAGAUGGAAGAAUAUGUAAUGAUGAGACAGCAGCUCCAGGAGAAGGAGGAAGUCAUCAACACAUUGCAGACCCAACUCAGCCAGACACAGGCCGAGCAAGCUGCACAGUUGAGUUCCAUGCAGCAGGUGGUCCGAGAGAAAGAUGCGCGCUUUGAGACACAAGUUCGUCUUCAUGAGGAUGAGCUUCUUCAGUUAGUAACCCAGGCAGAUGUGGAAACAGAGAUGCAACAGAAGUUGAAGGUGCUUCAGAGAAAGCUUGAAGAACACGAGGAAGCCCUCUUGGGCCGGGCUCAGGUCGUGGACUUGCUUCAACAGGAGCUGACAGCUGCCGAACAGAAAAACCAGAUUCUCUCUCAGCAGUUACAGCAGAUGGAAGCUGAGUGUAGUACUUUAAGGAACACCGUGGAAACAGAAAGACAAGAGUCCAAGAUUCAGAUGGAAAAGAUGGAACUGGACAUGGCAGAGAAAAAAUUAUCCUUGCAUAGUCUACAAGAAGAAAUGCAGCAUCUUAUGGAAGAGUUUAAGCAAGCAGUUCAUGUUCGGGCUGAACUGGAGUCUAAGUACAGUGCUUUGGAACACAAGCACAAAGCAGACAUGGAAGAGAAGACCACUCGCAUUUUGGAUCUUCAAAAAACUGAACAGGAUCUUCAGUCUGUCUGUGAUGCUCUCAAGGAUCAAAAUUCACAGCUUCUCCAAGAGAAGAGUGAACAGGCAGAGCAGUCUACCCAGGCCAUUCAGCAGCUGGAAGAUCAACUCCAGCAAAAAUCAAAAGAAAUUAGCCAACUUCUGGAUAAAUCCACCUUGCAGAAACAGGAGGCAGCAUCUCAAACUUCUUCACCAGAUGUUUACAAUGAAGGCACGCAGGCAGACCCUGAGGAUGAUAUUGCCUCUUUGCAGAAGAGAGUGCUAGAACUAGAAAAUGAAAAGGAAGCCUUCCUCCUUGAUUCUUCAAAGCUGGAGGAGCUGAAAGCUGAGAAUGAAAAACUGUCUUCUCAGAUUACUCUCCUGGAGGCUCAGGUUGGAAGUGGGGAAGCAGACAGAGACGUCCAGGAGCACCUCAGCGUGGUUGAUAUUACUGAACUCAACAAGAAUAGCUCUCCUGUGGAAGAAAGUAGACAAGAUAUCGUAGAGAGUACAUUUUCUCAGAAACAUAAAGAAUUAUCUAUUUUGUUAUUGGAAAUGAAAGAAGCUCAAGAGGAAAUUGCAUUUCUCAAAUCACAACUCCAGGGCAAAAAGGCUGAGGAAGAGCAUGAGGUCCUUGACGGGAGAGAAAUAAGACAGGCGGAGGAUGAGGGGGGACCUCCAGUUAGAAUGGAAGCUGUUGAAGAUAGAGGGCAAGAUUUUUCGUUCACACCCACUGAAGAGAGCAGGCUUCCAGCAACUGAAAAAGAGGAGACUGGCAUUCACCAUCCAGCUGUGACAUCUGAGGAAACACCUCCAAAUGACGCUGGAGUAGAGUUGAAAUCCACAGAGCAGGACACUGUUGAUAAGUCCCCUCCUGCCAUGCCGGAUAUCAGUCAACAUCACCAGGAAGAGUUGGAAAGGUUAAGAAGUAAAAUUUUGGAACUUGAGACAAGUCUUCAAAAAGCAGAAGAAUGUUAUGAGCAAAGUUUGGACGAGAAAGCCAAGGAAAUCAGCCAUCUAACCCAGCUGAUUGAGGAGCAUGCAAGGAAUGCCGAGAGCACCAGCCAUAGAGUGGCAGCUUUGUCUGAAGAAAGAGACCAGCUUCUUUCUCAGCUGGAGGAGCUCAACGUGCUAACAGAACUGCGAGCUCAGGUAAAACAGCUGCAAACGAACCUGGAGGAAGCAGAAAGGCAAAGACGACUGGACUAUGAAAGUCAAACUGCCCAGCACAACCUGCUCACAGAGCAGAUCCACAGUCUCAGCAUAGAAGCCAAAUCCAAAGAUGUGAAAAUUGAAGUUCUACAGAAGGAAUUAGAUGAUGUACAGCUUCAGUUUUCCGAGCAGAGUACACUGACCAGAAGCCUGCAGAGCCAGCUGCAGAAGAAGGAAGAUGAAGUGCUGGAGAGCGAAGAACGGGUGAGGGAUGUGGCCAAUAAGGUGGAAGAACUUUCACAAGCCCUUUCACAGAAGGAAGCUGAAAUAGCAAAAAUGGAUCAGCUGUUACUGGAGAAAAAGAGAGACGUGGAAACCCUCCAACAAACUAUUGAGGAGAAGGAUCAGCAAGUGACAGAGAUCAGCUUUAGUAUGACUGAGAAAAUGGUUCAGCUUAACGAAGAGAAGUUUUCUCUGGGUGUUGAAAUUAAGACUCUGAAGGAACAGCUAAACUUAUUGUCCAGAGCUGAAGAAGCAAAAAAAGAGCAAGUGGAAGAAGAGAACGAAGUUGGUUCUGGCCUCAAACCUAAUCAUGAGUCGAGCCCAGGAGAGCUAGCAAGUAAAGAAGAGCUUCAGCAUGAAAUAGACCUGCUGAAGACAGAGAGUGAGCAGCGAAAGAGAAAGCUCCAGGCAGCUCUUAUUAACAGAAAGGAACUUCUGCAAAGAGUCAGUAGAUUAGAGGAGGAGUUAGCCAAAGCAAGAGAUGAAUCCAAGAAAGAGAUCCCACUCAGUGAGAAUGAGAAGAAGGAAAUGGAGGAAGAUAGGGAGAACAAAGAAGAUUUGGAAAAAUCUGUGACUUCUGAGAACCGAGAAAUAGAGAUUUCUUUAAAACAGGCAAUAUCUGAGAAAGAAGUAGAAUUAGAGCAUGUAAAGAAGGAUUUGGAAGAAAAGGUGGCAGCUGAAGAACAGCUGCAGGCAGUGGUUAAACAGAUGCAGCAGAACUUGCAAGAGAAGGCAAGCCAAAUAGAUUUGCUCCAAGCGGAAAUCAUGGAAAAUCAAGCAGUUAUCCAGAAGUUAACCACAGGUAGCAAGAAUGCAGGUGAUGGAGCUGCAGCAGCAUCUGUGAAAGAGACAGUGAUGAGCAGUCUACCUAGUGCAGGUGGUGGAGAACACUGGAAACCAGAACUAGAAGAAAAAAUACUGUGUCUUGAAAAAGAAAAAGAACAACUUCAAAAGAAGCUACAGGAAGUCUUAACUUCCCGCAAAGCGAUUCUUAAAAAGGCACAGGAGAAAGAAAAACAUCUCAAGGAGGAGCUAAAGCAACAGAAAGAUAACUAUAAUCGCUUGCAAGAACAGUAUGAUGAGCAAAGCAAGGAAAAUGAGGACAUCGGUGAGCAGCUAAGGCAACUUCAGAUUCAAGUAAGGGAAUCCAUAGGUAAAAAUCACACAGUCACCGAUCAGCAGGCACAGGACUCUCCGACUCAAAAUUUAGAAGAUGGGUUAUCCAAAGCCCCAGGACAGCAUCCCACUCAGCCUGUCUUAGAGGCCAACUUGUACUCAGACUAUCCUUCUCACCCUGAGGUGCAGGACAGUAUAUCUUUUGGCCAGAUGAAGGCCCAGCUGAAAGAACUAGAGGCUGAAAAAGAGGAGUUGGAAUUGAAAAUCAAUUCUGUGACAAGUGAGCUCACUAUAAAAUCAGAAGAGGUACUUCAGUUACAAGAGCAGAUAAAUCAACAAGAUUUAGAAAUCCAGAAAUUGCAUGCCAUGUCCCAUGAAGUUGAAGCCAAUGCAGAAAGCCUGAAGCAGAAACUGGAAAGCAGUCAACAAGAAAUUGCUGGCCUAGAACACCUAAGAACAUUGCAGCCUGAAUUAAAUGAACUGCAAAAAAUUGUAAGCCAAAAGGAGGAAGAAAUUAGCUAUCUUUCUGGACAAGUUAGCAAGAAAGAAGAAACUCUUAUCCAAGUGCAAACAGAAAUAACGGAACAAGAGGUUUUAAUUAAGGCUCUGCACACACAGCUGGAAAUGCAAGCCAAAGAACAUGAUGAGAAGAUAAAGCACUUACAGGUAGAACUUUGUGAACUGAAGCAAAAACCCGAAGAAGCUGAAGAAGAAAGUAAAGCAAAGCAACAAAUACAGAGGAAACUGCAAGCUGCCCUUAUUUCCAGAAAAGAGGUACUAAAGGAAAACAAGGGUCUCCACGAGGAGCUGUCUGUAGCCAAACAGACCAUUGAAUAUCUCACCAAGUCUCUAGCAGAUGUGGAAAGCCAAGUGUCUGCUCAAAAUAAAGAAAAAGAUAUGUUCUUAGGAAAGCUGAGUCUUCUUCAGGAAGAAAGAGACAAACUCAUUACAGAAAUGGACAGGUCUUUGCUAGAAAACCAAAGUCUCAAUGGUUCUUGUGAAAGUCUGAAAUUAGCUCUAGAGGGUCUUACAGAAGACAAGGAAAACUUGGUGAAGGAAAUUGAGUCUUUGAAAUGUUCUAAGAUUGCAGAGAACACUGAGUGGCAAGAGAAACACAAGGAGCUACAGAAAGAAUAUGAAGUCCUUCUGCAGUCCUAUGAGAAUGUGAGUAACGAAACAGAAAGAAUCCAGCACGUCAUCGAAACCAUGAGGCAAGAGAAGCAAGAAGUGUAUGGCAAGUUAAGAAGCACAGAACUAGACAAGAAAGAGACAGAAAAGCAGCUGCAGGAAGCUGAACGGGAAAUGGAAGAAAUGAAGGAAAAGAUGAGAAAGUUUGCUAAAUCUAAACAGCAGAAAAUCUUAGAGCUAGAAGAAGAGAAUGAGAGGCUCAGAACAGAAGCUCAGCCUGCAGAAGGUUCAACUAAGGAGUCUCUAGAAGCACUGCUUUCUUCCAAUUCCGACCUGAAGGAGGAGCUAGAAAAAGUCAAAACGGAGUAUAAAACCCUCUCUGCGGAGUUCGAGGUGUUAAUGGCUGAGAGAAACUUACUUAGUGAAGAGGUUCAAGGUUUGAAGCAUCAGAUAGAAGAGAGCCUGUCUAAAGACGCUGGCCCAGAGGCCAGUGAGAAACCUGACAAUCACAUGGAAAUCAUUGAAGAGGCAGCACCAUCUGUGCUAAGUGAGGCUACACAACAAGACUCUGCGAACACGUACACAGGGCCCGAACGCCCAGAAUCCAUUCAGGCAGAGCACAGUGCCGUGCCCAGCAUGAACGAGAGUGUGAGCACCCACGAUGAAAUCAAUAAAUACCUGCAGCAGGUUGAUCAUCUCAAAGAAAGAAUUGCUCAGUUAGAGGAGGAGAAGCAGAAAGACAAGGAAUUUAGCCAGACCUUAGAGAGUGAGAGAAAGGCGUUAUUGAGUGAGAUGUCAACAAAGGAUGGUGAGCUCAAAAUGCUUCAGGAAGAAGUAACCAAGAUAAACCUGAUCAAUCAGGAAAUGCAAGAAGAACUCUCCAGAGUCACCAAACUGAAGGAGACAGCAGAAGAAGAGAAGGAUGAUCUAGAAGAGAGGCUAAUGAAUCAAUUAGCAGAACUUAACGGUAGCAUUGGAAACUAUUACCAGAAUGUUACGGAUGCCCAAAUAAAAAAUGAGCAACUGGAAUCUGAAAUGCAGAACCUGAAGAAGUGUGUGAGUGAAUUGGAAGAAGAGAAGCAACAAUUAGUCAAGGAAAAAACUCAGGUGGAAUCAGAAAUACGAAAGGAGUAUCUGGAGAAACUGCAAGGGGCUCAGAAAGGACCUAGUAAUAAAAGCCACGCAAAGGAACUUCAGGAGCUGUUGAAGGAAAAACAGCAAGAAGUAAAGCAACUACAGAAGGACUGCAUCAGGUAUCAAGAGAAAAUUAGUGCUCUUGAGAGAACUGUGAAGGCUCUAGAAUUUGUGCAGACUGAAUCUCAGAAAGAUUUGGAAGUAACCAAACAAAACCUGGCUCAAACCACUGAUCACCACAAAAAGGCACAGGCAGAAUUAGCUAGCUUCAAAGUACUGCUGGAUGACACCCAAAGUGAAGCAGCAAGGGUCCUAGCAGACAAUCUCAAGUUAAAAAAGGAACUUCAGUCAAACAAAGAAUCAGUUAAAAGCCAAAUGAGGCAAAAGGAUGAAGAUCUUGAGCGAAGAUUGGAGCAGGCCGAAGAGAAACACCUAAAGGAGAAGAAGAACAUGCAAGAGAAGCUGGAUGCGUUGCGUAGAGAAAAAGUCCACUUGGAAGAGACGUUUGGGGAGAUUCAGGCUGCUUUGAAUAAGAAGGACAAGGAAGUGAAGCAGCUUCAGGAAAACUUGGACAGCACUGUGGCCCAGCUCGCAGCCUUCACCAAGAGCAUGUCCUCGCUCCAAGAUGAUCGCGACAGGGUGAUAGAUGAAGCCAAGAAAUGGGAGAGGAAGUUCAGCGAUGCUAUUCAAACCAAAGAAGAAGAAGUUAGAAUCAAAGAGGAGAAUUGCAGUGUUCUAAAGGAUCAACUUAGACAGAUGACCAUCCAUAUGGAAGAGCUGAAGAUCAACGUUUCCAGGCUUGAACAUGACAAGCAGACUUGGGAGUCCAAGGCCCAGACAGAGGUCCAGCUUCAGCAGAAGGUCUGUGUUACUCUACAGGGGGAAAACAAAGAACUUCUGUCCCAGCUGGAAGAGGCUCGGCACCUGUACUCUGGUUCUCAGAAUGAAUUAACUAAGUUAGAAUCAGAACUGAAGGUUCUCAGAAACCAGUUGACUGAUGUAACUAACUCUUUAGAAAAAUCCAAGGAACAAGAAGAGAAUUUGGAACGGAUCAUAAAAGAGCAGGAGGCGAACAUCCAAAAUUGUAAGUUCAGUUAUGAACAACUCGAGACUGAUCUUCAGGCAUCCAGAGAGCUGAGCAGUAGGCUACAGGAAGAAAUAAAUACGAAAGAGCAGAAGAUUAUAUGCCUGCUUUCUGGCAAGGAAGAGGCAAUCCAAGCAGCUAUAGCUGAACUGCAACAGCAGCAUGAUAAAGAAAUGAAAGAACUGGAAAACCUGCUGACCCGGGAAGAAGAGGAAAAUAUUGCUUUGGAAGAGAACAAAAAGACUGCGGACAAAAGCAAUCAGCUUCUGGAAACACUGAAAGCCAUCAAGAGGGAAAACAUUCAGCAAAAGGCUCAGCUGAAUUCUUUUGUCAAAUCCAUGUCUUCUCUCCAGAAUGACCGAGACCGCAUAGUAGCUGAGUAUCAACAGCUAGAAGAGCGGCAUCUCUCUGUAAUCUUGGAAAAAGACCAACUCAUUCAAGAUGCUGCUGCUGAGAAUAAUAAACUCAAGGAAGAAAUGCGAGGCUUGAGAAGUCACAUGGAUGAUCUCAAUUCUGAGAACGCCAAGCUAGAUGCAGAACUGAUCCAGUACAGAGAAGACCUUAAUCAAGUGAUAGCCAUAAAAGACUGUCAGCAAAAACAACUCCUUGAAGCUCAACUUCAGCAAAAUAAAGAGCUGAAAAAUGAAUAUGCCAAGUUAGAAGGAAAACUGAAGGAGUCUGAGGAGGGAAGGGAGGAUCUGCGUAGAUCCAGCAAUGCCCUCCAAGAGGAGAACCAAAGUUUAUCCAAAGAGAUUGAGAACCUGAAAGCUUCCAUCUCCCAGCUCAAGAGGCAAGUGGCAACUCUGCAAGAAGAAGGUGCUUUGGGAAUGUAUCACGCCCAGUUAAAAGGAAAGGAAGAAGAGAUACAACGGUUGAGUUCUACACUUUCCUCUUCUCAGAAGAGAAUUACACAACUGGAGGAGGAAUUGGUUUGUGUCCAAAAGGAAGCUGCCAAGAAGGUGAGUGAAAUCGAAGAUAAACUGAAGAAAGAAUUAAAACAUCUUCAUCAUGAUGCAGGGAUAAUGCGGAAUGAAACCGAAACAGCCGAAGAGAGGGUGGCUGAGUUAGCAAGAGAUCUGGUAGAGAUGGAGCAGAAACUGCUCACGGUCACCAAAGAAAAUAAAGAUCUCACGGCACAGAUUCAGUCUUUCGGAAGAUCUAUGAGUUCCCUGCAGGAUAGCAGAGACCAUGCUCACGAGGAGAUUGAUGAACUGAAAAGGAAAUAUGACGCGAGUCUGAAAGAGCUGGCACAGCUGAAAGAACAACACGGGAUCUUAAGCCGAGAGGGAGGUGCUGCCUUCCCAGUGAACUCCACUGAUGGAAACAGCGCAUCUCCCCCUGAGAAAUCUGACCAACAACUGGUAUCCAAAGACAAGCAGUUGCUUCAUUUGUCCUCCCAACUAGAAGAUUCUUACAACCAACUGCAGUCCUUUUCCAAGGCUAUGGCCAGUCUCCAGAAUGAGAGGGAUCACCUAUGGAGUGAGCUGGAGAAGGUCCGAAAGACAGAGGAAGGGAAGCAGAGAUCUGCAGCCCAGCCUGCCACCAGCCCAGCUGAAGUAGAGAGUUUGAAAAAAGCUAUGUCUUCCCUCCAAAACGACAGAGACCGACUACUGAAGGAACUAAAGAAUCUGCAGCAACAAUAUUUACAGAUGAAUCAAGAGAUCACCGAGUUACGCCCUUUGAGGGCCCAGCUUCAAGAGUAUCAAGACAAGAUGAAAACAUUUCAGAUUAUGCAAGACGAGCUCAGGCAGGAAAACCUCUCUUGGCAACAUGAGCUGCAUCAGCUCAGGAUGGAGAAGAGUUCCUGGGAACUGCAUGAGAGGAGCAUGAAGGAGCAGUACCUUCUGGCUCUCUCAGAUAAAGACCAGCAGCUCAGUCAUCUGCAGAAUCUCAUGAGGGAAUUAAGGCUUUCGUCGUCCCAGACUCAGCCCCUCAAAGUACAAUACCAAAGACAGGCUUCUCCAGACACAUCAGCUAGCCCAGAUGGAUCACAGAACCUAGCUUAUGAGACGGAACUUCUCAGGACCCAACUCAAUGACAGCUUGAAGGAAAUUCACCAAAAGGAAUUAAGACUUCAGCAACUGAACAGCAAGUUCUCUCAGCUGCUCGAAGAGAAGAGCACCCUUUCCAUUCAGCUCUGUGACACCAACCAGAGUCUCCGUGAGAGCCAGCAGCACUACAGUGACCUCUUCAACCACUGUGCAGUCUUGGAGAAGCAGGUUCAAGAGCUGCAGGCGGGGCCACUCAGUGGAGAUGUCGCCCCCGGAGCUCCGCAGGAGAAGAAUGGAAUGCACAGGAGGAGUGAUCCCGAGGAUCUAGGGGAGCCACAGCUCAGCUUCUCUGAGGCCCAGCAGCAGCUGUGCAACACUAAACAGGAAGUGAGUGAAUUGAGGAAGCUGCUGGAAGAAGAACGUGACCAACGAGUGGCUGCUGAGAAUGCCCUCUCUGUGGCUGAGGAGCAGUUGAGGCGGAUGGAGCAUACCGAGUGGGACUCGGGCCGAACUCCCAUCAUUGGCUCCUGUGGCACUCAGGAACAGGCACUUUUAAUUGAUCUAACCAGCAACAGCUGUCGAAGGAGCCGGAGUGGUGCUGGGUGGAAGCGGGGCCUGCGUUCGCUCUGCCAUUCCCGCACCCGAGUGCCCCUGCUAGCAGCCAUCUACCUUCUGGUGGUUCAUGUUCUACUUAUUCUGUGUUUCACGGGUCAUCUGUAAACUUAUUUGUCACUUUUUGGACUAUCCCCUCCGAAUUUGGGAUUCCCUUGACCUCUAGCCUCUGGUGUCAGAAGUGUCGAGUCCCAUGGAACUAGUCUUCCCUUUAGAGACCGUCUCCAGCUCGCCACAGAAAGUGCCUGCAAAAACAACACAGGUGGCUUUGAGGACAAGGUGGAGAUGCAGGGACUGGUGUGCUGACUUGCUUCUGCCACUGACAGCCUGGAGAUUUCUGUCUAAGCUGAGAAGCCCCACCGUUGGUUUGUUGAGGCCGGUUUUGUUCAGAUCUUGCUGGGUCCUGAUCUUUUAUGGUCCUGUAAAAGAUACUGAGGAAUGCCUUUCAGCCAAGCAGGAAAAUGGUUCCAAUAAACCGAAUCUGCCCAAGACCAGUAUCAUCUUCAUUGAUAACUCUCCUUACCGCAUUUGCCUAUAUUUCUCCUGCUUUGAGGGGAAGAUGGCCCUGCCACAGGCAGAGUCCUGGGGAGGGACCCGUUGCCUCACAGGACAUGAAGCUAAGUCUGCUGCAGAUCGGGGUAGAUGCUGAAGAGCUCUCUGGGGGGUUUCAGCUGAAAAGUCUGUGGGAAGGACAGCCUCUUCUCCCCGAACUGUUCAGCCCCAACUGUGGUGAAGAUUUGUGGUCCUGGACUAUAAGCAUAGGAUCCCGUCUCCUGUGCCCUUGAUCUUGUGUAUGAAGGUAUUAAGUGACCAGUGCCUUUCUUUUCUCCGAGGCAGGAAGAGCCGGCUGUGGACAAGCAGGUUUCCAAUGCUUGUCAUUCCAUUACUAUCUGAAAAUGCCCUGAAUGGGGCUGGGGGAGUGUUCCCAGAGACCAGCAGGA